CAAAGGAGGUACGGUACCGAAAGCUCAUGGCGGCGCUGAUAUUAGGGUUCGGCCGGGUUAUCCGGUCCCCAGGCGGCCAACUUUGGCGUCUCCUUCCUAGCGGAAUCGAGCGUUGGGUGCUGGCGGAGAGGACUGCUAGAGUCUUGUUGACGCAGUGCUGCGCGCGGCAUGAGGCGCUGCGGCUGGCCUCCAAGUUCCCCGGCAGUUGCCUGAGAAGCCGGCCCUUAAGUACCGCGGUGCCGCCACCCCCGGGGUCGUCAGGUCCUGAGUCGAAGGGUAGCAGAGACCCCACGCGCCCCUCUAAACCUGGGCCUGUUUCUUGGAAGUCUUUAGCAUUCACAUUUGCUAUUGGAGGAGCUUUAUUGGCUGGAAUGAAGUACUUCAAGAAAGAAAAGACAGAGAAGCUGGAGAAGGAACGGCAGCGAAGCAUUGGAAAGCCUUUACUUGGGGGACCAUUUUCCCUCACAACUCAUGAAGGAGAACCCAAAACUGACAAGGAUUACCUGGGCCAGUGGGUAUUGAUUUAUUUUGGUUUCACUCAUUGCCCUGAUAUCUGUCCAGAAGAACUAGAAAAAAUGAUUCAUGUCGUGGAUGAAAUAGAUAGUAUUCCAUCUCUGCCAAAUUUAACUCCACUUUUCAUCACCAUUGACCCAGAGAGAGAUACAAAAGAAGCCAUUGCAAAUUAUGUGAAAGAAUUUUCUCCCAAACUUAUUGGUUUGACUGGCACAAAAGAAGAGAUUGAUCAAGUGGCCAGAGCAUAUAGAGUAUAUUAUAGUCCUGGCCCCAAAGAUGAAGAUGAAGACUACAUAGUGGAUCAUACGAUAAUAAUGUACUUGAUUGGACCAGAUGGUGGGUUUCUAGAUUAUUUUGGACAGAAUAAGAAGAAUGCAGAGAUAGCUGGCUCAAUUGCUGCACACAUGAGGGCACACAUGAAAAAGAGGUAGCCAGAGCAGCAUCGUGGAUGUUGUUCUCUUGCCAAAGAGGACGGAAGCUUUGUCUCCCAUAGGAGCCAGUGUACAUAAUAUGCAGCCUACACGAGAACAUCUAUGUGCUAUAUGAGAUGUUCCCCUUGGAUUCAGCCAAGAUUCUUGGAACUGUGAGGAUCACAACCCAAAGUUUCCCAUGUAGCCACCAUGCGUCCAGAGGACCAAGUUAAAAUGAAGGCAGUAGAGAGCAGAGCUCCUAGAAAGACGCCUCAAGGAGAGGCACUGGCAUGCCCUUGAACAGGGCCCUUGGAGCAAUACUGCCACUUUCCCUGUGUGUUGGACCCUUCCUUGCUCACACAGAUUGUGGGACUGAAUUUUACAGAAAGAAGUGUAAUUCCAUAGUGCUCUCACUGUUUUUGCCUUGAACUCCUGAUGGCUGGUAACAGUUGUGUUCAGCACUCGCCAUUCAGGGCUAAAUUUUAUACUUGAAAGCAAAAGCUUAGUCUUCCUUGUUAACGAUCAUCACGGUCAGUCUUGCCUUCACUCCUCUGGCAGCAGAUGCUGAUUUGACUAAUGAAGAUGAAUAAUCUGUCAUUUGGACUAAACUGUUAGUUCAUUUCCUCUAGGGGUCUUUUUUAUGAUUUUUUUUUUAAGCUAAAUGAUUUGCCAGGUUUUCAGUGAUACACCAAAUGAAAAUCAGAGGACGUAGAUACUAGGUGUGACGCAGACUAUGUGCGUGUUCCACAUUGCACUGAGUGUAAAAUAAAGAUAUAUUUAGCUUUCCAACUUGAA